GCAAGGCAACAACUGCUCAUUGGGAUCAGAAAGUCUUCGAUCGUGAGAUAGUGCGGCUCGUGAGUUACGCGGUGUAUAGACCUCACGUAAUUAGUGUGGUGCGUCGUCAUUGAUUAUUAUUAUUAUUUCAUUAUAAUAUAUAUAUCAGAAUCCGUUAUUUUGUUUUGUCAAAUUCAGUAUAGCAAGUGUUUAAUUGGUUUUGUCAAACAACAAAUUCAAUUAGCUGUUUCAUUUUUAUACUAAUUAAAAAAAUAAAUUUCACGACGACGUCGCUAAUUGUGGUGAUUAAAAUUUUGUUUUGGAAGUGCAGGAAGAGAGGAAAAAAUACAAAAGAGAAAAGAAGUAGUGUGGGAGUUUAUAAAAGCAUCAUAAUUAAUUAAUUGAAAGAAGAUAAAUUAGUAGCUCCAAAAUCUAAUUCAACGACCACGAUCAUUGUGAAUGUUAAAAAAUAUUGGUAUCAUUUUAGCUUGGUGUUAAAUUCGAGAAGCAACGUUAUUUCGACCGCUACGCUUGGUCGCGACGCCAUUUUGAAGAGACUGAGUUGUAGUACAAUUGGAAAGUUGUGUUCCGUCGUUUGAUUAUUAUACGUUUUUUUUUUUUACGUAAAACCCGAUCUCACGUAUUUUUAUUUUUUUUUCUUUACUAUUAUAUUUCGUAAAGAAGAAUUAAGUACGUCGAAGAACUGGCGGCCAGCAGGAAGAAGAAAACUAAAAAGAUUUAUUUAUCAACAUAGCCAGUCGUAAAAUUAACCAUGAGAUCGGAAAUAGGAUCAGCUGCGGAAUUUCUAGUAAAGUUUUUACGAAUGAAGACAGUCAAUUUACCAGAUCAUACACUUGAAAAUUUUAAGGAUUCAUUGACGAAAGUGUUAGAAAAUCAUUACACGGAUCAUUGGUUUCCAGAUACUCCUAAUCGAGGAUCAGGUUACCGUUGUCUUCGUAUUAAUGGGAAAAUGGAUCCGGUGAUUGAACUAGCAGGAGCAAACGUGGGUUUGGUGCCUAGACUACUUCGUGCAUCAUUCCCUACGGAAUUGACUAUGUGGAUUGACCCAUCAGAGGUGUCCUAUCGGAUUGGUGAAAACGGAUCUAUCUGUCACAUAUACGAACGAGUGGAUUCGGACCCUGAAGAAAUAACACCGAGGCCAUCUUCAUCAUCAUCAUAUUCAUCAUCCUCGUCAACUUAUUCAUCGAGCUCAUCAGCGUCCUCAUCAUCCGGCAUGUCACCGUCACCCACAUCGUCCCUUCGCAGCAUUUCUCAACAACAGCAAUUUGAGAGCUGCAAGGACUCACUUAUCCAUGAGCACUUGCAAUUUAAUGAGCAAUUCGCGGCGUUUGUCUCCAGUUGAAUUAAUAAUAUUAAUAAUAUAUCACGACGAGCUCAGCGCUACGUCUAAAUCCUAUUGUGUUUCCUCGUAUUGUUUCACCAAUUGUCAUCAAGAUAGUUUUUUUUUAUCAGUCCUACUCUAUUCAUUAAUAAGAAAAGGUACAUUUUUGGAAAA